AUGAACGAAGCCUGGUUCAAAGAGGAAGCCGGCACCACCGAGGCCGACGCCAGCACCAAGAACAUGGCCAGCUUCAACCACCUCCCAGAUAUGAUCAUCGAGGAAGGCACUGGAGGCAAGUCAGCCAAGCCAUUCUUGGCGCGUGCUCGCCUAGAUUCGAAUCCUCGCAACCCGCCAAAGAGCGAUGGCCCUUGGGGCGGGUGCGAUCGCAUCGCAACCCCCCUUGGCCGCCACCCGCUGGUCAAGAUCUUUGACGACGUCUGCCAGGACGGCAGUCAGAAGACUUUGCGUCAAAAGCUCAUCGCCAUCAUAUGGAAUGACCAGCCAAGCGGCAUUCUUGCCGUCCGCGCCGGGUUUGCGCUCCAGGACACCGAGAAUUUCCCUACCAUCGUCCUGGCACUCCAGUACGGUGCUGUUGCGACUGACCGCGCAGUCGCCAUCGUCACCGAGGCCGCCAAUCAUGUCUUUCAGUUCAAGGAGUUGCAUGAUCUAUCUAUCGAAGUCAUCGAGGCCGACUUCUCACUCCAUACCAGCGAGGAUGUCGACUUUUCGCAGCGCUUCCGACCGAUCCCCCUUCCUGGAAUCGGACUUGGACGAGCCGAUCGCUUGAUUUGUGGAGGAACACUUGGAUGCUACCUGCAGCUGCAUCUUGAGCCCAAGCCCGAGGCGCGAAAGACAGGCCUCGAGUCCAAGAUCGUGUAUCUGGCCCUGACUUGUCACCAUGUUCUUUCAGAACAAACAACCCCACAAUUCAAACUUCUGAAGAUCAAGCAGGAAGCCGGAGCGCUUAGAGCCACAGAACAGAAGUGUAUUGAAAUGAUGGAGGAGAUGGACCGGAUCAAUGAGGAACGCUACCACAAGGUGUGCCAGUUUGAUUGUGGUUUUGGCAAGGUUUUGGCCACUUCAGGCUACGACAAGUGUGUCUUCCUUGACGGAGAGGAAGAGAAAGCUGCUCUUGAUCGUAUGAUUAGCGACUGGGGUCUAGUCCAGAUCCACCAGAGUCGACUCGAUUCGGCAGAUGCUUUGCCUUCUUCGUCGCUAUCCCUCGAGCAGCUCAUAGUCUAUAAAUCUUUAGGCCGGUUUCUCGUCCCGUCUAGUGCUGAGAACCCAGAUUUUCCGAACAACGGUAUUUGUUCAAUCGACGACCUGCUCGCGACAUUGGGAGAUGAAGACGACCCAAAGCGCAUCAUUUUCAAGCAUGGAAAUGCCUCUGGCGCUCGUCGUGGCGCUAUCAGUGAUCUUCGCGCCACAAUCUUCAUGCGACACACGGCAGAUGGCCAACCCUGCAUACUGGCUGGACAAGCAGUGCUCGCCGUCGUUCCGCCCAAGGACCAGAAAUACUACGUGGGUAGAUCGAAUGACUUUGGUCGUAAAGGCGACUCUGGCAGCAUCGUCCAUGCCUAUGAUGGUAGCGCCCUGGGCAUCUAUUUUGGCGGUCAGUCGGAACAACACUACGAUCCCCGCAACCCGAAGGUGUCUUCCCUAGACGGCCUGCACUUUGUGCAGGCAAUGUCCGACGCAUUGCCCGAGAUGCACGAUGUUCUGGGUCCGGUCUAUCCUGACUUCGACGUCAAGAUCGUCCAGUGCUGGGACAUGGAUGACUGA